GUCCGCGCGUGCGCGUUGUCGCGUUGACACAAAAGUCCCUCUCUCCCUCCGAAAACCCUCGCCGCGGCGUUCCAUUCCCCCUCGGCAUCUCCGGUAUCCAUCCGCUCGCCAUGAACGCUGCUGCAAUCAUCUCCCGACUUGGCCUCGCCACCUCAGGGUCUGGGGCCGGGUCCCACGCGGACUGCCGGCCGCCGACGCCGGCGGUGGGUUUCACGGCGGGGCCGAGAGCGCGCCCAGUUGCCGUCGUCGCCGCCGCCUCCUCCUCUUCUCCGGCGACCGGUGGCGUGGCGCCGGUGCCACCCCGCUCCAAUCACUCGGUCAUAAAGCGUCACACACUAUCAGUUUUUGUUGGUGAUGAAAGUGGGAUGAUCAAUCGAAUUGCUGGGGUUUUUGCUAGAAGAGGAUAUAACAUCGAGUCAUUGGCUGUUGGGUUGAACAAGGAUAAAGCAUUAUUUACAAUAGUUGUGUCAGGAACAGACAAAAUAUUGAACCAGGUUGUAGAGCAACUAAACAAACUUGUUAAUGUAAUAAAGGUUGAUGACUUAUCAAUGGAACCACAAGUUGAAAGAGAACUUAUGCUUAUAAAAGUAAAUGCAGAGCGGGAAAAGCUACCUGAGAUAAUGGGUUUGGUUCGCAUUUUCAAAGCAGAAGUGGUUGAUCUUUCAGACCAUACACUAACUAUUGAGGUAACUGGAGAUCCUGGAAAGAUGGUUGCAAUACAGAAGACUCUGAGCAAAUAUGGGAUCAGAGAAAUUGCUAGAACUGGCAAGAUAGCUUUACGCCGUGAAAGAAUGGGAGAAACUGCUCCAUUUUGGAGGUUCUCUGCAGCUUCUUAUCCUGAUCUCGAAAUGGCAAUACCUUCAAAUUUCCAGCAAAACACUGGUGCGAGGGCAAUCGAUCAGAAUACAGAAGGAUCUUCAGGGGGUGAUGUUUAUCCAGUGGAAUCUUAUGAAAGCUUCUCAUCAAGUCAAAUUCUGGAUGCUCAUUGGGGUGUUAUGACUGAUGGUGAUCCAACAGGGUUUUGUUCACAUACUCUAUCAAUUCUUGUGAAUGAUGUCCCUGGAGUUCUCAAUGUUGUAACAGGUGUUUUCUCCAGAAGGGGCUACAAUAUUCAGAGUCUUGCUGUUGGUCCAGCUGCAAAAGAAGGAACUUCUCGCAUCACUACUGUUGUUCCUGGAAAUGAUGAAUCCAUUGCCAAGCUAGUACAUCAACUGUACAAGCUCAUUGAUGUUCAUGAGGUCCAGGAUUUUACUCACUUACCAUUUGUUGGUAGAGAGUUAAUGAUCAUAAAGGUUGCUGCAAAUGCUACAGCCCGAAGGGAUGUCUUAGAUAUUGCUCAGAUUUUUGAGGCACAGAAAGUUGACAUAUCUGAUCACACAAUUACACUACUGCUCACCGGAGACAUUGACAGAAUGGUUAGAUUGCAAAAGAUGCUGGAGCAAUAUGGUAUCUGUGAGGUUGCACGAACAGGACGGGUUGCUCUGCUCCGUGAGUCUGGAGUUGACUCCAAAUACCUCCGUGGGUUUUCCCUCCCUCUGUAAUUCACCAUCUGCAGAUCGAGAUAGCACUCCCCGAUUCAGGUCGCACGGCCAUUUUGAGGAAUCAUUCAAACAUCCUAGGGUGAGAACUGUAGACACAAUAUAUUGUGGGGGUUGCUACGUUCUAUGUUAUUAAGUUUCUUGAGUAUGCAAGUAUAUAUCACGCAGCACCUGGGCAGAAACCAUAUUCGGUCCAAUAUUUUCAUUGCACAGGUAGUAUAGUAUCCUAGUUGAAGGAAAGGCAGUAUAUAUUCUUUUUGAACUUAAAGGCAGUAUAUAUUCAGAAAAACCAUAUUGCUCAAACUAA